UUGUAACCAUUUCCACUUGUAAUCAUACAACUUCUCUACUCUUCUAGAGCAAAACCCCAAAAAGAUAUCGUCAUCAUCGUCAAUGGCGGAUAAUAAGGGCUAUUCUGAUGUUGUAACCGAAGAUCCAAUGAGCUACAACGAAGAAGGUUGGGUGGUAUGUCGAGUGUUCAGGAAGAAGAACUAUCAAAAGAUCGACGAUUGUCCUAAAAUCACUCUAUCUUCUUCAAUUGAUGACACGGAGGAAGAGAAGAGGCCCACCUAUCACAACACUCAAAACGUUACCGUUUUAGACCAUGUUCUUCUUUACAUGGACCGUACCGGUUCUAACAUUUGCAUGCCCGAGAGCCAAACGACGACCAAAACUCAACAUCAAGACGAUGUCUUAUUCAUGCAACUCCCUAGUCUUGAGACACCCAAAUCUGAGAGCCCGGUCGACCAUAGUUUCAUGACUCCAAACCAACUUGAUUCAUCUCUGGUCCAAGAGAAGAUUCUAACCGGCAGACCGGUUUGUAGUAAUUGGGCUAGUCUUGACCGGCUUGUAGCUUGGCAAUUAAACAAUGCUCAUCAUAAUCCGUGUGAUCGUAAGAGUUUUGAUGAAGAAGAAGAAAAUGGUGAUACUAUGAUGCAGCGAUGGGAUCUUCAUUGGAAUAAUGAUGAUAAUGUCGAUCUUUGGAGUAGUUUCACUGAGUCUUCUUCGUCUUUAGACCCUCUUCUUCAUUUAUCUGUAUGAUUAUCUGUACAAAUUUACAUACACAUACACAAAAUAAAAAAUAUGUAUUACUUUCAUCUAUUAAAAAAUAAAGUUUGUUAAAAAUGUCUCAUAUGCUCUAUGAUACCAUGUCUUGAUUUUGGGGUUUAUCAUUUGUUAAUUAAUAAUGGUACAGGGC